ACCAGGGGUGGACUGACCAUUUGGAAACUCGGGCACUGCCCGAGGGCCUGGGGUCAGUAGGGGGCCCCAUGAGAUGCCCCUGGUACCUUUUUCAUAGGCUUUUUUGAGUUUGGGCAAGGACACAGGGGCCCCAUGAUCCCCUAUUGCCCGGGGGCCCCAUGAGUUGUCAGUCCGCCCCUGUUUCCAAAUGGUCAUCAUCACUUGGAGCUUACCUAAGCUUUUCUAUCUUUUCACCCAACAAACAGAGCAGUGGGAGAGCAAAGGAUAGU